UUGGACAUCUAGACAAUUUUAAUUUCACUUUGGUAGUGCAAAUAUACACUAUUACAUUGAAAUUCAUACUGUAAUCAUUGAAGCAAUUGAUAGAGAUGUACAGACAUAUUUUUCAGAGUAGCUAUGAAGGAAACAAACACUUGAUUCUACACAUAAGCAAUGCAGAUGAUAUAAUAUCUAGUAGUCAAAGUAUGUUGUUAUGGCCCUAUGUAUACAUCUGAUAUGUAAAGUAAGGCAUUUAAUGUUGCCUUAUAGUUAUAGGUCCGUGUUAAUCAGUUUAUCCAAUAAAUUAUUGAUUUAAAUGUAUUAGGAGUCAUAAGUAACUUUGUUAUUUACAUGUGUUGUAGGACAGAGUUAAUUUGGGGAUCAGAGUUACCAUCUUAGUUUGUGAGUUUCAACAUGUUUUAGGAGUCUGAGCUACUCUGUUAUUUACAUGUUUCAAGAUCUAUUGGGUUUUCGAGUUACUCUGUUAUUUUACAUGUUUGUGUGGGUCAGAUUUACCCAGUAUUUGGGGAUAAGAGUUAUCCUUGUUGUUAGAUUUGCAACAUGUAAUUAGGAGUCGGAGUUACUCUGUUAUUUACAUGUUUCAACAUGUAAUUAGGAGACAAAGUUACUUUGUUAUUUACAUGUUUGUAUGGGUCGGAGUUACCCAGAUAUUGGGGAUCAGACUUACCCUCCAUUUGUUAUAAUUGCAACAUGUAAUUAGGAGUCAGAGUUACUCUGUUACUCACGUGUUGGUGUGGGUCAGAGUUAUCCAGUUUGGUUGGAGACAAUUAACCUAAAUAUUUGGUCUAGUUUGAACAUGUUUUUUAUCAAGGAGUCAAGGUACUAGUGUCAUGUACAUGGAAUUUGGUCAAAGUUUUCUUAUAGAUACUUAGGAUAAUUUCAACAUGUAAUAGUAGGUAGAGCUAUUUGUCACUGGAACAUAUUUGUGGGAUGUAUUCUGUUUUUGUUUUAAUGUACAUGUAUACAUGUACAUGUAAGUCAGAAUUUUCUCAUAAAACUGUGUCAGUAAUUGUGUCAUCUCUUGAAAUGACCAUUUUAUCUAUAUGUAGAAUUUACACAUUCUUUAUGGUUCUUGGUAUAGAUUUGACAGUCUUCUAACUUGCAUUGUUGUGAAAAUUUUCCUAAUUUGGUACAGUCGAUGUUAUUUCUUAUCAUCUUUUCCUCAGGAACAAUGCCACCAAAGAACAGAAAUAAGAAAGGUGAUUCCUCGGUGGGAGAGCAGUCCAACUCCUCUGUUGCCAUGAACGCAAAGAAAAGGCGAAAACAAACAACCCAUCAAGAGCAAUAUACCGUGACACAGAGUGCAAUGCCGAACAUUGACUAUGCUUUACUGGCAAAACACAUUCUCGAACAACAAAAAGUGCCAGCCAGUGAAACUGGACUUGCUGAGGCAAACCUUGUAAGCCAAGAGGAAGUAACAGCACCUACCAAUCUUGUCACAGAGCCAGAAUCCACCAGUGGGCUACUGAACCCUGCAACAAAUUCAAUUUCUACUGAUGGUACUCUACAAGCGAGUGCCAUGGUCCCAGCUUCUGCACUUGGAGCCCUUCUGGACAAUGUGUUCACAGUUUCAGGCUUCACAUCUGGUCAACCCAUGAACACCCAGAAAUUGUUGAAGACUACACUGAUUCGGGUUUAAACAGACAGUCAUUCUCGCUUCAUCGAAGCUAUUGAUAGCAUCAACAAAUUUGGCACACCCACCACCACCCCAUCUUUUCCUACCUUACUUGCAUUGAUAUGUUUUAAGAUAUGUUAUGGCCUUUGUAUUUUUGAUAUGCCAUCUUUUUGCUGUAGACCUAAUCAAUUUUAUAAUUUUUGCAUAUGUUGUUCUUCCGUAAAUUUAGGGGAUCAGCAUAUUGAUAUGUCAUCAUGUAUUGUGUGAAUAGUUUUUGGUCUGAUCCCCUUAUUAUAUUUUGUAUAUAUUUUUCCUUAUUUGCGUCAUUUGAAUAAAUGACAUAUUUCAUCUCU